AGUGCUCAACAACGUCACCAACUUCGUUAUUCCAUCUUAUUUGUUUCCAACACUAAUCUAAUAACCUCACUCUCUAACAAUCACCACACGUUUUCCUAUCUUCCUUUCUUAUUUCUUUUUUUCAACGCCGUUGAAUAUGUCCGCUCCCAUAAAUCAGUCUGAGGAUCCGAAUUCUCCGGAUCCGAAUUGGAAUUCGGAUCCACAACUUCCGCUCCGUAACCUCGAACAGAUCCGAACCCGACUCGAUUCCCUCCAUCGCUUUUUAUCGGAAUCCAUCACCUCCAACAACCCUCUCUCCGGCGACCAAUCCGCCGCCGUCUCCGAUCAAAUCGCCUCCGUCAUCCACCAAAGCAUCGCCCACGCCUCCGCCCUCGUCUCCUACUCUAAAACCUUCCACCCGCCGGGUUCCACUCCCGCCGCCGCGCCGCCGUUACCUAGGGUUGACCUAUCAGCCAGUGUCGAGAAACUCAAACGCGCGUCGGAUCUGAAAAUCGAGCCGCCGGACGAGGACACCGCAACCGAUGAGUUUGCCGAUAGCGACGAGAUCGUGGAGCUCGACGCCGUGGAGAUCCUCGCGGAGCACCUUCACUUCUGCGAGAUCUGCGGGAAAGGGUUCCGGCGAGACGCGAAUCUGCGCAUGCAUAUGCGCGCUCACGGGAACCAGUUCAAGACACCGGAGGCACUCGCGAAGCCGGAGAAUCCGUCGUCCGCCGCCGUGCGCAGCCGGUUCUCGUGCCCGUUCGAGGGAUGCAACAGGAACAAGAACCACCAGCGCUUCAGGCCGCUGAAAUCGAUGGUGUGUGUGAAGAAUCACUUCAAGAGAAGCCACUGCCCGAAGAUGUAUUCGUGCACGCGGUGCCAUAAGAAGAGCUUUUCGGUGCUCUCUGAUCUGAAGAGCCACAUGAAGAAUUGCGGAGAGUCGAAGUGGAAGUGCUCUUGUGGGACCACGUUCUCAAGAAAGGAUAAACUUUUUGGGCACAUUGCUUUGUUUGAAGGGCAUGUACCCUUGCUUGAAGACGAUAAUAAGGGCAAGCAUGUGCAGGAAGAUGAUGAUAGUGAUCAUUUUAGUGAUUUGCCUGAUGGCUUUUUUGAUGAUUUGGGUGAUUUGAGCUCUUUAGGGUUUCCCUUAAUUUAACUGUUUUUUCAUAGAAUAUUAAUUAAUAGGAUAUAUAGUAUAGAUUUUGCAUAUAUGUAAUUUUGAUACACUUGUUUAGAUUUUUAGUUAUAUUUUUUUAUUUCAGAUAUGAUUUUUGAAAUUCCAUUUAAUUGAAUGUCAUUACUUGAGGAGUGAUGAUGCUUGGAUGUUAAUGUGCCAUGGUUGGGAUUAAUAGUAGGAACUAGGAACAUGGCAAGUUAUAUGCAUUUGUGUGCAUAUUAGUAUACUAGUAUCUUUUUUGUUGGUA